UUCUCCAGUUGGCAGCUCCGUGCCUCUCCUCCCCCUGUGCCACCCCCUAACUCCUGCCCUGACUUUCUCCCCGUUAUUUUUAGGCCACCAUCGCCUUCUACCAGAUCAUGCACAUGCAGACAGCACCGCUGCCCGUUUACUUCCAAACCCUGUGUGAGAGCAGCAAGCUGUACGACCCCGGGCAGCAAUAUGCCUCGCAUGUCAAGCAGCUGCAGCGAGGGGAUGAGCCCGACACGCAGUACGACUUCGAGCCUUACGUGUCCCACAACGCCUGGUCCCCCUUCACCCGCACACGGAAGGGCAGCUUCAAUGCCAGCGACUUCUCCACCAGCGGUGGCUCUGAUGCAGCUGGGCUGCCCAGGGAUGGGAGCAGCACAGAUGGACCCAGAGAGACCCAGGGUGGGACGCUGGCAGAGCGCAGAGGGAGGGGACACCAGGUGCACAAAUCCUGGCCGACCACCUCCGAAGCUGACAGCAGCCUGGAUUCCAGCACAGCAGGAGAGUUCAGCCACAAACUGCAACGGUUGUCAUCCAAUGGCACCAUGUCCUCCAGCGAGGAGCUGGGAGAGAAGGAUGAGAACGCUGCAUCCUUUGAGCAGAGUAUGUGAUGGAGUGGAGAGGCAGCAGUGCUGUGUGCUGUGCUGUGCUGUGCUGUGU